AUGAAAUUAGUGAGAUUAUUUCACUUUUCAACAGUUAAAUUUCCAUACAAUUUUAAAGGAGUAAAACCUAUUCAUGAUUCCUCUAUAGAAGCUUAUCUAAACACCAUUUUUGGUUCUAAUCUGAGUGAAGGGUUUUUAUUAGCUUACUAAAAUUUGUUGGAAAGUUUAACAUCUUCAGAUUAUGAAGAAUUUAUACAUGAAAAUUGUGAUAAAAAUAUUAGUAAGGCAUUGAUAGAUGGGUUGAAAUAAAUAGAAAAAAAUGGACAAAAAUUGAAAUUAGUUUAUAAUGAUAAAUGUUAGACUAAUGUUAUGUAUGGAAAUUCAACAUUACAUUUUUCUUGUGAUCAUAAUUAAGAUCUCUUAGAAUAAAAACCUGACUUUGUUUAAGGACAUGGUACUAAAUUAGCAAAGAUGUAUAAAACUGGAAUAGAUUUUAAGACAAUGACUGUAUAAAGAGGAAUCAUUGAAAUUGCAAUUUAUAUUAGAUCACCUUUAUUUUUAUCUAUAAGUGGUUAAGAAGUAAAAUGAUUUCUAAUUAAGUAGAAAUUUGAAGAAGCUUAUCAUAGAAUAGAUUUCAGAACACAUUCAACAACUAGGUUUUCAUUUAUAGAUGCAAAGAUAUUAACUGAAUAAAUCAUGUAAUUAUAAAGAGAGAAAAGUGCAUAAGCAGAAGCUUAGAUCAUUAUUGAUAGUCUUGGUAAAGAUUUCACAUGGAAAAUUUUGAAUAUAGAUGAGUAUUUUAAAUGAG